AUGGCACGCAUCCAGAUUCCCCUCGACGCCCUGACGUCGCGCCUGAACCUCGGCGACCGCUUCCAGGGCCUCCGCUCCGGUCCGCUCAGCGGCCGCUUCUCCAACCUGCGGCCCGUCUCCGAGUUCUUCGACUUCAAGCGGUUCUCGAAGCCCUCCAACUUUGGAGAGAUGCAGUCCCGUGUCAACUACAACCUCAGCCACUUCUCGAGCAACUAUGCCGUCGUCUUUGCCAUGCUGAGCAUCUACGCCCUGCUCACCAACUGGCUGCUGCUCUUCGACAUCAUCCUCGUCGUUGCCGGCAUGUUCCUCAUCGGCCGUCUCGAGGGUCGCGACCUGGAGAUUGGCACCUUCCGCGCCACCUCGUCGCAGCUGUACACGGGUCUGCUCAUUGUCGCCGUGCCUCUGGGUCUGAUUGCCUCGCCCUUCUCGACCCUUCUCUGGUUGAUCGGCGCUUCCGGUGUGGCCAUCCUCGGCCACGCCUCGUUUAUGGACAAGCCAAUCGAUGAGGCUUUUUCCGGGGAGGCGGAACUGGAUACGGAAGAUGAGGAUGACGCGGCUGCACGUGGCCUUGGGCUGUCGAGGCGUGGCACGCGGUUUGUUAGCGAUGAUCUUCAGUUCACAGGUAUAGACUUGGGCGAUCGGACAAGCGGCACGCUGCGCCGCCGGCGUUUUGGCGACUCGGAAACCGACGAGGACGGCUCCUCCUCUUCUCGAAGCGACGACAUUGACGAUGACGACAGCGCGUAUGGCGAAGAGCCCGCCGCGCUUGCUAUCGAGGACCGGGAAGAGGCAUUGGUGCAAUCGGCGCUCCGGCGAAUCAGCAAAGCCCAGGCAAAAGGCAAGGCCGAUGUCAAACUCAGCAAGGAAGAGCUCGGGGCUCUGGAGCGCAGACGCAAACGCAUGCAGGAAGAAGAGGAGAGGCGGAAACGAGCGUCGGGCAGUGGGAGCGAUCGCAGGAAGAAAAAGAAGGAGCAACGGGUUGCCGUACCGCUCUCGCAACUUGAACCCAUCUCCCGCAAGAAGACAACAAAGGCUCAGUCUCAAGCCCAGGCUCCUCCUCGACACGCAUCAGCUGGCGACCUACCUCAGGGCCACGGCUACCCACCGGUCGGGUUCUUUCCGCCUCCAUCCUCCUCUCGCACUAGGCCACGAUCCGGGACCACGUCUUCGAGGCCACCCAGUCGCGCCUAUGAUGAGCGCGGUUCAUCUCCGUUCCAAUACGAGUAUGCGCCGCGAGCAUCGACUUCCAACAGGCACGUCUCCGACUCGGUGGCUCGACCCCGCUCGUCUCGAGGCUCUCCACACGUGGAGGCUUCGGCUCUGGGAGCUCGCUCCAGCCUUGACCCUUUCCAGUUCCAGACGGCCGGCCCCCGCGCGGCGUAUGCUGCCAGUGCUGUUGGGCCAUCCAGACGGUACGUUUCUGGGCCCGCUGAGAUGAUGCACGACUCGCGUCGGAGGAGCGCGGCUCCUGGGAGCAGCCUUCACGGGUCUCGCCGCCAGAGUUAUGGCGAUGAGACGAGCGAGGAGAGUCAAAGCAGCGAGGACAGCAGCGACGACCGUGGCAAUGGGGCGCAUAUUGGGGAGCACUCGGGCAGGAGAGGGGACGUGGGCAUUGUGGUGGAGGUCUCGCCGGAGCGCGAGCCUGAGCCGCCGCCGCCUCUGCCUCCGCCGACCAAGAAGAAGUCGUCGUCGCCGGUCAAGAAGAAGUCGAGUUCUGGCAGUAGACGGAAGAAGAGAUAA